UUUGAAAGCUGCACUCUUGCCCCAGAGGCUGCCUCUGCUGGACCACGGCAGCCACUACACACAAUGCUCCGCCAUUCCCGCGCCUACUCCCUCUUCCUCGUCCUCGCCGUUCUCUUUGCCAUCCACUACUACCUCCAGCCAUUCGCUCUCCAAAAGCCCGAUCUCGAGCAGCCCAGUCCACGAUAUACCGAGCAGAAGCCGACUCGUUCAAAGCCUUUCAGAACGUCACCGCAGAAGCAUACAGGGCUGGAAAGAGUGCCAGAAGGUGAGACAACGUAUGACGACAAGGGCCUCUUCCAUUGGAGUGCGGGCAAGAAGCACCCCAUUGCACUCCUUAUCGAGCAAGCAGAGCAAAAGGCAAAGGCUAUGGAAGCCAAGAUCGCGAGUGUAAAGAGUGUCAAGGAUGCCGCUCGAGACUAUACCGAGGCAUUCGGCAUGAGACCGCCCAAAGGGUUCGAACACUGGUACGCAUAUACCCAGUCUGUUCCUCUACCUCACAUCCCUGCACUCCCCUCCUUGAUACCCCUCGUCCACAAACCCUUCGACGCCUUCCUCUCCCACCCUGCUUUCCUCCUCCGCGACAGAGUCACCAACCUGCGCAAUAAAGACAAGUCUAUCUUUACGCUGACGUUUGUGCCGGAUGGGAAAGGCGAUGACGGCACAGCUUGCGAGAGUGAUGAAGAGUGGACUCCCGAAGACUGGGAUGUGAGGGGCAAAGGAAGAGUGGUUGUGAGGGGUGAGAUGGCGUGGUCUUGGAGGUGCAACAAUACACUCUCAUACAUCCUCCCCAUCCUGCCCCUUCUGCCUCCAGAAAUAAUGACCCUGAAUCCUCCAUUGGAGAUUGCAUUCUCUACGGAUGACGGUCCCCGUGGGAUGGUCCACAACUCUUUCCGCGAGAAGAGCGAGGCGCUUGCUAGAGCUGGGCGAGUGUGGCCGGAUAGUCAAUUACAUCAGGCCGAGCAGUCCAUGCGAUGGACGUAUGGGUGGAGUUGGGCGUGUCCCGAAGACACGCCGCUCAAAACGAUGGGGUCGGAUAUGGUGCUGAAUGACAUCGAGGAGCUUGAAGCUGCUCAACAUGAAGGCAAGGCGUUUGUGGCCGACCCGAUGAGCUAUAUGGAUUACUGCCGCAACCCCCAUCUGAUGGGUCUUCACCACAUUCUCCUCGGAGACGAACAUCGAGCAGCGGUUGAACUGCAACCUGCCAUCACAACAUGUCGGACGAUGUGGAACUCUGACAUUCUCGGCGUCCCUCUGGACGGUGUCCGCGAAACGGUACCAUUCAUCUCCUGGAACGACAAACCCAACCACAAGGUGUUCUGGCGCGGCACCGCCACCGGCUCUUUCCACUCCAAACGCGACCCCUGGCGUUCUUCCCAGCGCGAGCGCCUCCAUUUCUUCUCCACCAACACUUCCGGCUCUGUCGAUCUCCUCCUCCCAAACCUCGCAUCCCGCUCCGUGCCUCGGCAGGAUGUGCUCGACGCGUGGUUCGAUGUGGGGCUCAGCGGCGGGCCGGUGCAGUGCAGCGAGGAAGAUGGGAGCUGCGCCGACAUGGCGCGUGAGAUCGAGUUCAAGGGGCGGGUGAAAAAGGAGGAUGGGGCAAAGUACAGGUAUGUCGUGGAUGUUGAUGGGAACGGGUGGAGUUCCAGGUUUAGGAGGUUGUUACAAGGAAACAACGUCGUAUUCAAGAGCACGCUCUACCCGGAAUGGUUUGAUGUGCGUAUGAUCGGUCAUUUCGCGCACUGGGUUUACUGAUGAUGUGACAGACACUGCUGAUCCCAUGGUAUCACUACGUUCCGGUGAAAAUGGACUAUUCUGAUUUCUUUGACAUCAUCUCGUACUUUGAAGGAUCCCCAUCAGGUGAUAUCUAUGGUAACGACGAUCAAGCCAAAGUCAUCGCCCAACACGCUCUCGACUUUGUGAAUGAGAAAUGGAGAGAGGAAGAUAUGAGGAGUUUUGGGUUCUUGCUUGUGCUCGAAUGGUGGAGAAUGCUGUCAGACAACAGAGAAGAGGCUUCAUUCAAGGGUUGAU